AAAGGUUCCUCACCAUUGAAACGAUAUUAUUUUUGAUGCCGAGCUUCGAAUGACAGAGGCUUUAGGUUUGAGUGCGCAAUUUCUUCGAUUCUCCGCCGGCAAAGCCACCUGGGGAGCGAGGAUCUAUGGCAGGUCUGAACUGAAAUUGAGGGCAUUGAGUGCGGGGUUUGGAUGUGCGUGUUCGUCGCAGUGCUUCUCUGUUUAUAUAUUCGGGCGGAAUUGUUUCGAUAUGCAGCAGAGUGAGGGCCUUUCUAGGAACAGUAAUGAAAAUGCUCUUUCUUCAUCGUCUUUGAGGCUGACAACGCCUCAGAAGUCUAUUAGGCGAUUGGGGUUGUGCUCGCAAAUAGCAACCGGCGGACAACACUCCUCGCCCAUUGUCUUCCCUGAGAAGCGCAGCAAGGCCAAGUCUUCUUCUAGGCGAGGUAGUGAGAUUAAUUCCUCUAUCUCGAAGUUCACCAUGACCUCGAGUGCUGAUCGUGACAAGCCGAAGAAAUUUGAGCAUAGGAUUGACAUUGGUGGAGAUGAAAAGUCUGAUUUAUUGGGCUAUACAGUUUUAUCCGGUAAGCUGAUUUUGGACAAGAGAAAGAAUUCGGACAAGAAUGUUUCUGAUGACACUGGUGUUGCUGAUCGAGAAAGUUUUGAUGCUAAACUUACUAGCACGGCCUUGAUAUGGGGUUCUCACAUGCUACUUCUGGAAGAUGUCGUUUCAGUCUCGUACAAUGUUGGUCUCAGGCAUUUUACAAUUCACUCAUAUCCACUGCAGAAAGGUCCAUGUGGUCUUUCUUGUUUAAUGAAGCCCAGGAGGAAGCCGAGAGAUUAUCGCUUUUUGUCUUCUAGCGUGGAAGAGGCAGUUCAGUGGGUUGGUGGUUUUGCAGAUCAGCACUGCUACGUAAAUUGUUUGCCUCAUCCCUUACUCUCCUCAAAGAAGCAGGCAUCUUCAGAAUUAAUUCCGGUUGAUACACCUCCUGAAUUACUUUUCAAAUGCAAGAAUCCACCAAAAAUGCUUGUGAUAUUAAAUCCACGCUCUGGACGAGGCCGCUCAACUAAAGUUUUUCACGGGAUUGUUGAACCAAUAUUCAAGCUUGCAGGGUUCAAAUUGGAAGUGAUUAAAACAACAUCUGCAGGCCAUGCCAAAAAGCUCGCAUCUACUGUUGACAUAAGCAGCUGCCCCGAUGGAAUUAUUUGUGUUGGAGGUGAUGGUAUUAUUAAUGAGGUUUUGAAUGGUCUAUUAAGUAGAGACAACCAGAAGGAAGGAAUUUCUAUUCCAAUUGGAAUAAUACCUGCAGGUUCUGAUAAUUCGUUGGUUUGGACUGUUCUUGGUGUUAGAGAUCCUAUUUCUGCUGCCAUGGCUAUUGUGAAGGGUGGUCUUACUGCAACUGAUGUUUUUGCUGUUGAAUGGAUCAAAUCGGGUGUUAUUCAUUUUGGGUUGACAGUCUCAUAUUAUGGAUUUGUCAGUGAUGUGUUGGAACUUUCUGAGAAGUAUCAGAAGCGGUUUGGUCCUCUACGUUACUUUGUUGCUGGAUUUCUCAAGUUCUUAUGCUUACCGAAGUACAGUUUUGAAUUGGAAUACCUUCCAGCAUCAUUAGAGGAUGAAGGAAAACGCCCUGCUGAACAUGAAGUUGUUGACAUGUCAGAUUUAUACACAGAUAUAAUGCGAAGAUCAAGCAAAGAGGGAAUCCCGAGGGCAUCUAGUUUAUCAAGCAUUGAUUCCAUAAUGACGCCUAGUCGAAUGUCUGGUGGAGACUUGGAUACAAACUGUAGUAGCACUCGUGCUAGCACUGAACCAUCUGAUUAUGUACGUGGUCUCGAUCCUAAAUCAAAGCGCCUUUCAUCAGGAAGGAGCAAUGUAACUGCGGAGCCCGAAGUUAUCCAUCCACAGCCACCCUUUUCAGCUACUCCCAACUGGCCAAGGACCAGGUCAAAGUCUAGGACAGACAAGGGGUGGACUGGGUUGAUUACAACACAAGACACCACUAGAUGUUCCUGGGGCAAUGCUGCAAAUAAUGACAGAGAGGAUAUAUCUUCAACACUAUCUGAUCCGGGUCCGAUUUGGGAUGCAGAACCGAAGUGGGAUCCCGAGUCUAAUUGGGUUGUUGAACAUCCUAUUGAAUUGCCAGGUCCAACAAAUGAUGCAGAAGAAGGUCCAACAGAGCAAGUUCCUGUUGAAGAUAAAUGGGUUACUAAGAAGGGGAAAUUUCUUGGAAUCAUAGUUUGUAACCAUGCUUGUAGAACUGUUCAGAGUUCUCAGGUAGUGGCCCCAAGAUCUGAGCACGACGACAAUACUCUCGACUUGCUUCUGGUUCAUGGGAGUGGACGACUAAGGCUGUUGCGAUUUUUUUUGCUGCUUCAGAUGGGUCGACACCUUUCGUUGCCAUUUGUUGAAUAUGUCAAGGUGAAGUCAGUGAAGAUUAAACCUGGUAAGCAUACACACAAUGGCUGCGGCAUUGAUGGUGAGCUUUUCCCCCUCACUGGCCAAGUCGUUUCUUCUUUGCUUCCAGAACAAUGCAGACUUAUCGGUCGAUUUCAUGGCCAUCACGUAUAACCAAGUAAUCCUUAUAUCUGAAAUAUUUUGAUGCGUCACUGACUGAUGAUCACAUUUCGUUUAACGUCGUCAUCUUCAACCAUCCUUGAUGGAUAAUGGUGUCAACAUUUGCGCAUUUUUCGUCGUGUGGUCGUGUAACAUGCGGAGCAAGCCUUAUACCAUAAUAGAGAAUCUUUGUGCAUUAUUUCCUACAUAUUUCCCAUCUCACAGAUCUGCUCUACCUCCGAACAAAUCGAAGCCACUGUAAAUCUUUCGUUCAGAAAACGUGUCGCCUUUUGUCCAUCAGUUAUAUCCCGCCUCUUGAAUUCCCUUGUUGUGUAUUUUGUACCCAUAUCAUAUCAGUAUCAUUGUAUAAGCCGACAUAAGCUGCACACUCAACUCCCUGUCAACUCGAUUUAGUUCUUCCUAUUUACCUUCUUCACAAGUUUUCUGGAGAUACUUAUAUUGUAUAUACGUGACUGUGAGCUUUUGGUCUGCCCUCC